CCCUCGUUACUACUUUUAAAACAUGGCGACUUGUGGCACGUACGAGGAUACCCAUACGGAGUGCAGCAUUUGUUUGGAGCCCUACAAGGGCCCAGCGUUGCUGUCAUGUCACCAUACGGUGUGUUCGCUGUGUCUCACAUCUCUGCUUAGCCUUCAGGGCGACGAAUUUCAAAGAGCGACUUACAGGGUCGACGAUAAAAGGAUAGAAGAUACUGUGACAACUGUCAUCUGUCCUGUCUGUCGAAAUGUGUCAACUGCUUCAUCUCCUGGUUUCACCGAUUUUCAGAGAAAUGUUUGUGAGAAGAAGAGUAACAGCCAGAUGUCAACAGUGGCCUGUGACCUUUGCGAGGAAGGUCGAGAAACAAUCGUUCACUGCUCACAGUGUCUAGAAAAUAUUUGCCAGCAGUGCCGACCUCUCCACGACAGAUAUAACAAAAGUCACAGCGUUACAAGUCCCUCCGGGCAACCAUCUUUCAGAGACGAGGUGCAAGACAGGGCCGAGAAACAGGCUUCUAUUGUGACGGCCAUACUGGCUCGUCUGGAACAGGAAGAAAGACAACUGGAAAAACAAGGAGUAGCGCUGGAAGACGACAUCAACGCACGCUGUUCUGUCGGCUUGCUAGAGAUGGUGAAAGCGAGAGACAAAUGCCUUAGUGACCUGAAGGUUAUAGUGCGGGGGCACCAGCUACGACUACUCGAGGAGAAGACAGCUCUUGCUGCCAGAUACGAAAACCUCCAGCGCAUCGUGUCGUCGGCCCGAGAUUCGUCGGUACCUCUCCAAACAUUGCAGGCAGGUCUACUAGAGGACGAAGCCGUACACGACUUGCAGAGGCGACUCGGCAGUGCCACACAUACACAGUACGUAGUCUACACGAAGAACGAGGACAUCUCGCCUCACAACAUUGUGCAAGACUUCAUGGGUUCCGUAGUUUCUCCGCAAAAUGACAACAGCACAAAGAACACAUGUUUUGUUGACGGCGCUGUCGGUCCCGAUGAGAGCUGUUCCUCAGAUGGUACACAAAUAUGUCCUCCAUUAUCAGCUGAAGGGGCCAUCACAGAGAGCAUGAAAAAUGCAAACAACAUGGACAACAAGGUUGGAACACUGAUCAACAAGGUGGAUAGUCUUAUAGCACAGAUGGACGAUAUGAAGAAUGAAAACAAAGAUCUGCAGAGCAAGCUACUGUCCCUUCAGAACCUAAUGUUUCAGCAGAACAAGGACUACAGAGCAGUGCGCGACAAGCACACAAAACUUCAGCAGGAAGUGACCUCAGUGAAGGAGUCGAACUCCGCGUUGUACCACGAUAUGUCUUCUUUACGAGAACAGAUUUCAGAACUCCUUAAUAACGGGAAAAAACAAGAUGACAAUUUUUCCGAGCUUCACGAGGACUGUGCUACGUCACAGGCAAAGCUUAUAGUCCUGGAGCAAGAAGUCGGCGAGCUACUUCAAAAUAAGGGCCAGACCAUGGCAUUGUCUCAGCUUGAAAAAGAUGUGAAACUGUCAAAGGAAGGACUGAACACUCUUCAGCGCGAGUUGUCAGUGCUAAAAAGUUCUCAUGGCCAAAUAUCUUCACUCCAAAGCAGUACCACACUCAUCAAGAAUGAGCAGGCAUCACUUGCAGGGAAACUGGAGCAGCUCACAGCACACAUUAAAAAGGCUGAGAAGGUCGUGGCGUUCCAUGCUGUGGUGAAUAAAAAAUUUACAUUGUCGUCUGACCAAGUCAUCAUCGCUGAUCACGUUAUCACCAACAACGGAGCCGCUUACAACAAAACGACUGGAAUCUUCACAGCGCCAGUGGCUGGAAUCUACACUUUUUUGGCCACAGCAUGUUCGACUGAGGAAAUUGCUAGAGUCGAUGUGAUCAUUGAUGAUUGUCGAGUUGCCCAUACCCACGCUGCUGCAGGCAGUCGCGCCACCUGUCAUGCGAUUGUGGAACUAAAAAGUGGACAGAAAGUCUGCAUGAAAACGUAUGACUCCAAGAGUAUUACCUUUGAUGCAGGCUGGACAACGUCCUUCAGUGGGACUCUUCUGAAGGUCAACGAUUUAUCUACGCCAUAGGUGGUGGAGAUAGUUUCGGCUGAGCAGAAAUCCGUCUAAUCUACAACAGAGAUUCUCAACCUUUUCCGCGACUGCACCCUUAAUAGGCGAAAGCAUGUCCACGGACACUCCUCGCGCGUAAGUUCGUUCAUAAAAGUAUUUAUUUCCAUAAUGGAGUGUACUUAUUUAUGUCGCUGCGUACUCCUAGGGUACGCGCAGCACCUGCUGAAAACAGCGGGUCUACAAGAUAGGAAACGUGUGAUACAUUAAGACUGAGUCGCGGGAAGCAGUUCUGGAGAUAAUCUACCCAUUUACUUACCAUAGCUUGCUCCUUUCUUUGGUGCCAUAUACCUGCUGUAGAACACCUGGGAUCAGAUACCUAACUUCUUUACCUAACUUCGCAAAGUUGGAAACAAACUGUGUGAAUUUGUCAGUUUUAAUUUAGCUCAUUGUUGUAGAUAAUACAAAUCUACACUUCUGCUUUCUGAACUUUGUAAUAAAGAAAAUAUUUUCAGAUAUCUCAAUGUCACACCCACACCGUCUGACAACACAAAGAACGUAUUUUGUCAGGGCUUUCCCGUACGGCGCAUCAAUCAAAUAUAUUAAACAUUAGAAAACUAUGAAUGGAGCCCUCAGGAGAAGAGGAGAGUUGGGAGGGCAAAGCAGGCUUAAAAAUGAUCAGUAGAGUGUGAGGCUUAGGAUGCCAGUCCGUAAAUCGUCACUUGACCGGCACCUGUGGUUGAGGGGAGCACAUAGACGAGGCAGUAGGGAAAGGACCCUAAACCGAGUCUCUGGAGAGGUGUUGUUGCAGCACUAUGCUCCUCGAGGAGUAGAAAGGAGUACCUAAUUUCAUCUUAAAAUCUUUGAAGUCACAGUGACAUAGCGAGUUCUCCCCUGUCUCAAGUCCUUGGUGUUUUAUGUGAAAGAUGUUUUACUUUAUUGCACUCUUGAGAUGUGUUUAAUACUUUUGAUUUUUACUAUGAAUCUUCAUGUAAUGUGAUAAGCUGUACUGUAAUUCUAAGGUGGGCGCACUCUCGCUUUCAAACUUUUAUUAUUAUUAUUAAAUACUUAUCAUUGAACUUACUUUUGCGCUUUGCCUGUUUGGAAACACUUUGGAAAUAGACUAUUCCUCCCUUCUGAACGAAAGAUCAACUGUGCUGAGUUAUACUUUAGUUCCCCAAAUCAAUAAGUACACUUAGUUGCUGGCUCAUCAGCAACUAAGACUAAUUCUAACCAACACUUAAAAAAAAAAUUAUAAAAUUUGCUACAUAAUGCCACACAGCACUAGAUAAUACCAUUUGCUAUUAAACUAAAAUUUAAUUAUAAUAUACGAUACCGUUUUCCAAUGCGUCUUCAUAUUACGGCAGUAUUUAAUUUCAUUCACAAGCAAAUAAUGUACACUACCUUAUCAGCCUCUUCAAAUAUCUAUGUCAGUACACACUGAACUUUAUGGACACUUGCAUAAUCAGUAGCGCGAAAAGUGUGUAUUCUACUUUAUGUACAGUCUUUGCUGUCAAUGUGAUACACAGCAUAAACCAUCUCUGUAGACUAAUCGCCCACUGCAAAAGCCAUGAGUUAAAUAAGCACAUAAAAUAAAAUCAAGAGCAUCAAACAGA